UUGUUCAAUCCUGCUUGCCCCUCCAAGCCUCUCCCCGCCGUGCGCUCGACGAUACAAAGGUAUAUAUAAUCCUUGAACGGACCCCUAUUUCUACACAUCUCUCUUGCUUUAAUUCUUCAUCACAUUCUUCAAAUUUUCAGAAAGCCCAUCUCAAAAACAUCCUACAAUCAACAUGGGUGAAUUCGGAAACGAUCUCGUUCAGGCCGGCGAGUCCGAGCUCAACCAGCAAUUGGGAGACAACAGCAACAACAACCAGAAGUCCAACGCUGGCGGCAACCAGGGUGGACAAGACAGUGCUGGCGAGCAGUUUGUCGAGAGAGGUCUCGGCCAGUUUGAGCAAAAGGAGGGGCUUCCCGACAAUGCCCAGUUCAACAAGGAGAUUACGGAGCAGGGCGACCAAUUCGCUCAGAGAGAGGAGAAGCAAUGGUAAUCUGCGCGCCAAAGGAGCGAGAAAUUUUCGACGAGAGAACUCCCGGGUCAGAAUCAAUGUCUGGGAAACAGAGAGACUUCAAUAAUGCCUUGCGUUUUGCCAAGUGAGGCUGCCAAAUGGGCGAGCCUCUGAUGAUAUCGCUUUACUGUUGAGCAUAUUUAAUACAACGAUACAAUUUCUUGAUGAUG